AUGGAAGGAUGGAGAACUGCACUGGAGAGUAGAGGGAUGAAGAUAAGCAGGAAAAAGACAGAGUAUUUCACAACGGACACGGACGGAGAUCAACAGUCAACGAUACAAAUAGAUGGACUGAACCUGAAGAGAGUGGACCACUUUAAGUAUUCGGGAGUGAUGGUUGAGGAAGAUGGCAGCAUGGGAAGAGAGAUUAAAAACCGAAUUCAAUGUGGUUGGAAUAAUUGGAGAAAGGUUUCGGGAGUGAUCUGCGACAAGAGAGUGCCUGUAAAGUUGAAGGGAAAGGUACAUAAGUCUGUGGUCAGACCAGCUAUGACCUAUGGUUUAGAAACUGCACCACUGAGAAAAGUCGAGGAAAGAAAAUUGGAUGUUGCUGAAAUGAAAAUGCUCAGAUGGAUGGUGGGGGAAACAAAGAUAGACUGCAUACGGAAUAACUAUAUAAGAGGAUCACUCCAUGUAACAGAAAUAUCAAAGAAUGUUCAAGAAACAAGACUGCGAUGGUAUGGACACCUGCUAAGAAGAAACGAAGAUCAUGUGGGAAGACAGGCAAUGGAGAUGGAGCUAGAGGGAAACAGACCAAAAAGAAGGCCUAAGACCAGACGGAAGGAUGUUAUUCAAAAAGAUAUGAGGGAGAAACAUAUAGACGAGGCAGAGGCAUUGGACAUAGCUCUGUGGCGAAGUCUCAUUAGAAAUAGCGACCCCGGGUAG